AUGGGCAAACGAGGCGGCAAGAAGGGUAACCGCGGCGGUGGUGGUGGUAGUGGUGGUGGUGGACCACGUCCUCAACCCGACAAUCGGCGCAACAACAGGCUGAACAUUAGUCGAUGCAAUGACAAGUUCGAGCACUACUACAGCCAGCUCGACAUAGUUCCAGUUGAAGAGAGAGAUGCCUUCUGGGAAGCUAUGCGAAGGGAUCUGCCCAAUAGCUUCAGGUUUACCGGAUCCAGAGCACAUGCCUUAGCAGUCCAGGAGAAACUGCGAAACCAUUACAUCCCCGAGAUCACCUCAAUCACCUACGAAGGCCAAUAUGUGGACGCCCCUCGUCCCGUGGAAUGGUACCCCGACCAGUUGGCCUGGUACAUGACUACCCCGAAGAACGUUAUUCGUCGAUUUAAACCGUUUGCCUCGUUUCAAAAAUUCCUUGUCACCGAAGCCGAUGUGGGAAACAUCACGCGGCAAGAGGUAGUCAGCAUGAUACCGCCAUUGGUCAUGGACCUCAAGCCAGGCAUGACAGUAUUGGACCUGUGCGCGGCGCCGGGCAGUAAAUCCGCGCAGCUGCUUGAGAUGAUCCAUGCCGGGGAGGAGGAAAGAUGUCGACAGGUCGCUGCGAAUAUUGCAAACGGUCUCAGCAGACCGGAAGGCGAAGACUAUCAGGAUGACGGCCGGGCGACGGGUCUGUUGGUCGCCAAUGACGUCGACUACAAAAGAGCUCAUAUGUUGAUCCAUCAGAUGAAGAGGCUGAGUUCACCGAACAUUAUUGUCACGAAUCACGAUGCGACCAUCUUUCCUUCGAUCAAGAUCCCUUCACUUCCAACAUCCGAAGGGAAACCUGUGAAUAACCGCUAUCUCAAGUUUGACCGGAUUCUUGCGGACGUUCCUUGCUCUGGCGACGGCACACUGAGGAAGAAUGUGGAGAUAUGGAAGUCCUGGACGCCGAGUAACGGUCUGGGUCUCCAUGCCACGCAAGUGCGGAUUCUGAUCAGAGCCCUGCAGAUGCUUAAGGUUGGUGGUCGGGUUGUCUACUCGACAUGCAGCAUGAACCCAGUUGAAGAUGAAGCCGUCCUUGCAGAAGCCAUCAACCGAUGUGGAGGCCCGCAGCUCGUGCAAAUACUCGAAACAAAGGACCUGUUACCCGGACUCAAACGCUCACCCGGCCUCAAGGAAUGGAAAGUGAUGGACAAGACUGGCCGGAUCUGGAACGAUUACGAGUCCGUUCUGAAUCAUAGAGCAGAGUCCGGCCCCGAGGGACUGGAAAGGUUGAGCGAGGGCAUGUUUCCCCCCAAAGAAGAUCUACCUCUUGAUCGAGCCAUGCGUGUUUACCCACACCAGCAGGAUACGGGGGCUUUUUUCAUUGCAAUCCUGGAGAAGAAGUCGGAAAUUAAGGCCAAGCCUGAGGAAAAACCAGGCACCGCUGUACAGUCGCUCCUGAAAGAAGCAGCCACCGCUUCCCCGGGGACAAAUGUCGAACCCGUGACUUCAACAAAUGGAGCAGUGGAGGAAGCCAAUGGGAUGGUUAACGGGACGGCUAAUGGUGACUCCGGAUCAUUGACGAAACGGAAACAUGACGACGGUGAAGAUGAAGACGCUUUGCCAGCCAAGCGGGUUAAGAACCAAGAAAAUCUCGUCAACAUCACCCAUGCUUCGACCAUUUCAAACGGGGAACCCUCAGCGACCUCUGCGCAACCGCAACCGCAACGACAACAGCCAAAAAAGAAAAACCGCGACCAGCCUUUCGAGGAACCAUUUAAAUAUCUCUCCCCCUCCCUUCCCGAGCUCGAACGAAUCCGCACCUUCUACAACCUCUCCCCACGCUUCCCUAAUGACCGUUAUAUGGUCCGAAACCCCGAAGGCACUCCGACGAAAACCAUCUACUACACCAACAAACUCUCGAAGGAGAUUCUUCAGGAGAAUGAAGGGAAGGGGAUAAAGUUCAUCCAUGCUGGCGUCAAAAUGUUUGUGAAACAGGACGCCCCGAGCCCGGAAGUGUGUCCAUGGAGGAUUCAAACGGACGGGUUGAGGAUACUGGAAACAUGGGUUGGGCCCGAGAGAAUCGUUAAGUUGAGAAAGAAAGAGACGUUGCGAGAGUUAUUACGUACAAUGUUCCCUAAGCUAUACGGCGAGGAAGGAGACAAGUUAGGUGAAGUGGGAGAGCAAGUUCGAGGGAUGGGCAUGGGAUGUUGUGUGCUGAUUGUGGAGCCGAGCGAGAUAGAUGCCGAGCAAGCGGCCCAUCCGAACGGUGACGGAGAACAAAGCGACAGGUUGGAGGAGAGGAUGGUUCUUCCGCUGUGGCACUCUCGUCAGUCACUCAACCUAAUGUUACCCAAGGAGGAGAGAAUGGCGAUGAAACUGAGGUUGUUCAACGACGACUCACCACUGGUCAAUGAGAGCAAAGGCUGGCUUGAGGCGAACAAGCAAGAGAAAGGCAAGGAGCCCAACGACAAGGAUGGCCAGCAACAGGGUGAUGAGAACGAUGGGGAGGACGACGGCACGGCCAUUCCCAAGGAGCUCGAUGAAGUUGUCCAGAAGUAUUUAAGGCAUAACAGCUCUUCAGUGGAACCGGACUCGAGUCCCGAGCCCGUAAGGCCUCAGCUUGCCUUCGAAGGCGGUGACAACGAGCCGGAGCUGCUGAUGUCGGACGUGGCCGACGAUGGAGACCGUGACGUGGAAGACGGCGGAGUGACCAUUCCGCCAUCGGGCGAAGCACCAAAUGGACUAUAA